AUGGAAGGGUUCCACAAAAGAGACAACGGUUGGAAGCUUGUGAGCUUCAGUGUGUGUGCUUCCCCCCAACAGAGAAAGAUCCUCUUUCAAGUCCUCCUUGUGGUAGAAGCAACUGUGGGAACAUUACAAACAAGUAGGGCAUACAUAGACACAGGGGCAGCUACUGAAAUCAUGUUUGAGAAGUUCUUCAACCGCUUGAGCAAUGAAGAACAUUCAAGGCUUCAACCCUCUGGAACCUCCAUAAAAGGUAUUGCCCAUAUACCCCUUAAACCUUUAGGGCAACUGACACUUAAUGCUCGUUUCAGCGAAGGUCAGAAAGAAAGAACUCAGCCACUCACCUUUGUGGUUAUCAAUAUUCCCUCAAACUAUGACGUGAUCAUUGGGAGGCCAUGGCAGUGUGCAUUUUACAUGGCUGUGUCCGUCGGCCAUGGCACUGUCAAAUUUCCCACCGAGAGAGGAAUAGCAACCCUUCAACCUUCCCAGGAAGCCUACUUGGUUGAAGGUGAAAGUUUCAAAAGCGAAGAAGACAAAGCAAAGGCUGAUCAUAAAUCCUAA